ACUUUGUAAUACUUUUAUAUUAUUCAAUUGGUGAUGCGAGUGGUAGUUGGUACUUUUUUAUCAUAUUUAUAAUUGUUGGUGUCAUCAUGGCUGCUACGACAUUAGUAUGGUCAAUAUUUGUACUCGGCAAUUUCGACAUGGGACUAAAAGAUAUCAUUUAUAAACCACGUGAACAAACAGACGAUGGUUUUUUAAAUGAAUCUCAACGCAAACGAAUUUCUAUUGAAGAUUGA